CUCCAUGGGGCCGGCCCGCGGCGGCCGCGCGCUCUGAGAUCUUUUCCACCGCUGCCCCCGCGUGCGCCUGUGUCCACAGCAGGGCUUGGAAGGCCUGGACGAUUGCCGUUGUGAAGAGCUGGCAAUAAUAUAAAUUCCAUCUCUUAGUUUUCCAUAGGAACGUCCAGAAACCAUGAACAGCUUUAGCAAUGAAGAGUUUGACUGCCAUUUCCUCGAUGAAGGCUUUACUGCCAAGGACAUUCUGGACCAAAAAAUUAAUGAAGUUUCUUCUUCUGAUGACAAGGACGCCUUCUAUGUUGCCGACUUGGGAGACAUUCUGAACAAACAUCUGAGAUGGUUAAAAACUCUUCCUCGGGUCACCCCUUUCUAUGCCGUCAAGUGCAAUGACAGCAGAACUGUAGUGAAAACCCUCGCUGCCACCGGGGCCGGAUUUGACUGUGCCAGCAAGACUGAAAUACAGUUGGUGCAGGGUCUCGGGGUGCCUCCAGAGAGGAUUAUCUAUGCAAAUCCUUGUAAACAAGUGUCUCAGAUUAAGUAUGCGGCGAAUAACGGAGUCCAGAUGAUGACCUUUGACAGUGAGGUGGAACUGAUGAAAGUGGCCAGGGCACAUCCAAAGGCAAAGUUGGUCUUGCGGAUUGCCACGGAUGAUUCCAAAGCUAUCUGUCGCCUCAGUGUUAAAUUUGGUGCCACACUUAAAACCAGCAGGCUGCUUCUGGAACGGGCGAAGGAGCUAAAUAUUGACGUCAUUGGUGUCAGCUUCCAUGUGGGAAGCGGCUGCACGGAUCCUGAGACCUUCGUGCAGGCCAUCUCAGAUGCCCGCUGUGUCUUUGACAUGGGGGCUGAGGUUGGCUUCAACAUGUGUCUGCUUGACAUUGGGGGUGGCUUUCCUGGAUCUGAGGAUGUAAAGCUUAAAUUUGAAGAGAUCACCGGUGUCAUCAACCCAGCCCUGGACAAGUAUUUUCCGGCAGACUCUGGAGUGCGGAUCAUCGCAGAGCCAGGCAGAUACUAUGUUGCAUCUGCUUUCACGCUGGCUGUUAACAUUAUUGCCAAAAAACUUGUGUUGAAGGAGCAGACAGGCUCUGAUGAUGAAGAUGAGUCAAGUGAACAGACCUUUAUGUAUUAUGUGAAUGAUGGCGUCUACGGAUCGUUUAAUUGCAUCCUUUAUGAUCAUGCGCACGUGAAGCCCCUCCUGCAGAAGAGACCCAAACCAGACGAGAAGUACUACUCCUCCAGCAUAUGGGGCCCGACCUGUGACGGCCUCGACCGCAUCGUGGAGCGCUGUGAGCUGCCGGAAAUGCACGUGGGUGAUUGGAUGCUCUUUGAAAACAUGGGUGCGUACACCGUGGCUGCAGCUUCCACGUUCAACGGCUUCCAGAGGCCCACGAUCUACUAUGUGAUGUCAGCGCCAAAGUGGCAACUGAUGCAGCCGACCCCGAACCACGGCCUCCCCCCGGAGGCGGAGGAGCAGGACCCGAGCAGCUCGGUGCGGGUGUCCUGCGCCCAGGAGAGCGGGAUAAAGCAGCCCCCGGCAGCCUGCGCGUCCGCUGGUAUUAACGUGUAGGCAUGCUCUGUAGCGCUUACCUGCGAGUUUAGCUGGAAUUAAGGGAUUCGGGGGACCAUUUAACUUAACGACUGCUAGUUUUGAAAUGUCUUUGUAAGUAGGGUUGGCACAGAUGCAACAAUAUGGAAGACUAGGAGAUGGGGUCACGCUUAUCUGUGUUCCUAUGGAAACUAUUUGAAUAUUUGUUUUAUAUGGAUUUUUAUUCACUUCACACAUGCUACUAAGAAUGCCCCUCAGCUGCUGAGCAAGCGUUUGUAGCUUGCGCAUUGGCAGAAUGGGCCAAAUGCCAAGUGUUGUGACCCGUUUUAAAAAUAAAGUAUCUUGAAAUAAUUAGGCAUGGGAAAUGUUUAUCGUGUAUCCAUUCUAGAUGGCUCAUCUUGAAUGUGUCUGAAGAGUGCUAAUUGCUGUUGGUUCCUACAGGCUAAGAAGUGGUCCUGGAAGACGCGUAGGUAGGUUGCAGUCGCUUGAAAAUCUGGAGACGGGCCUCCUUCCUGGUGGGCAUUUUGUUUCAGGCGCCUGAGUCCCACGUCGAGUUUGCUGUGCAUACUCACCACGGACAGUGGGUCCUGGCCCACGUGCAGGUAGAAGGAAACGCUUGUGCCUCUGCUACAGACAGUGGCUGCACUGGCUGGGUGGCCCUGGGUCCCCACCUGAGUGUCCAGAACCCUUGUCAGUAGGCCUGCUCUCUGCCCCCGCCAUGCACAGUCUUAAGUCAGGUACAUGGCGCUGCAUUUGGCAGCAGCUUAUUUGGCUGGAACAGGCUUCUGCAUUGGAGCGCUUUGCCUUUCACUCUUACCUUGGCCACUGACUUUGUGUUCCCAUGACUGCCUUGUUCUCUACUUUCCAAAUGAGGGUGUAGACGAAACCCCUGAAAUGAGAUUUUUGAAUCCUGCAGUGAGGAAGGCAGAGUCUCUGAAAGCCCAGAAGCCACCAGAGACCUAGCUGAAGUAGAAGGGGUGGCCCUCCAACUGGUGCCACCAGUACUGGAGCAGAGGCAUGGGGGGUGGGGGUGGGGGUUGACUUCCUGUGUUCCUGGAAAGAGCCACCCUCCCCCAAGACUUGAGUCCCACGUGGCCAACCGUGCGCUUGCAAUGACUUGCUGAAGUUGGCUCUUGGCUGCUCAGCUGGACUGAGACUUGGCUUGUCACCAACUCCGGUCUCCCUGGGUCUCCCAAGAAUAGGGCUGGAGUUGCCAGAACAUGAAUAAGAUUUCUCAUGAACCACAAAGAAAGUAGGUUCCUCCUGGAGGAGUCAUCGGAGGGACACCUGGCACGGAAGCAGCUUGGAGCCAGGUCAGCCCCGCUUCCACGAGCACGUCCGUUUCUGCUUGCACAGGGUUGGUGCCUGCUAGGCACGUUCAAGAGAAAGGCGUUGACAGGAGUACGUAGGCAGUGUCAGGAGACACAAGAUGGACACUCAACCUAAAGUCUUGGUAAAUGAAGUUUUCCACUUUAAAAAGGAAGGGGUGAGCAGGAUCUCGGCAGUGUUUUGGCUGGGAGAGAGAGGAGGAGAGGUUUCUGCCCGGAGCAAAUAGGGCUCACAAGGGCUCUUCUCAGCUUGGGGAAGUGCAGUCCAAUCCCCAUGCGUCCCACACCCCAGCCUCUGGCUGACCUCAGCUUGCUAAAGCCACUCGGGACCCCAAAGCUCCUGACCUCAGCUAGGCCAGGCCUCCUCCUGUGGGGUGUGCGCCUGGCCUGGGCAGGAGGACCCCUGGAGUGAGUUUGGGAGGAUGGGGAGAAGAGAGGGACCUCUGGUGUGUGUGGAUACUGUCCCCCCAGACCCUCAAGUCCUAGUUUGCGUGUGUAUCUAAUAUCCCCAGCUCACUCCUUCGACCACAGUUAAGGCCAGGUAAAGUUUUCAGGCCACAAAACUAGCAGCAGAAAGCAUGUGAGGUUAAAACGAGGGGUACCCAGGGAAAGAACACCCCCUGGGCAGCAGGGGCAGGGGACACACAGCAUGGAGUCACAGAAACAAAAGCCUUGGAACUUGGUUUUCUAAACUCAAAUGCCUGUGGCGCAGACUCACCUGGCAGAUUGGCCCAG